AUGGACGCCCGAAAAGGGUUCGGACUCUCAGAAUCGCGCGUGCAAAAGAGCAAUCAAAGCGCAUUGAAUAGCGUGGUCCCACAUGAUCUGGUGCAAAGGACGUACUCUCGACUCCGCGAGACCUAUGCGAAGGACCUUUGCGAAAACUGGGCUGAAGAAGCUGAACCACCAAAGAAUGUCUUUGUGAGUUUGAGAAUUGCAGCUUUUGUCAUUGAAUCGUGGCGAUGUAUGUACGGAAUAGCUCCCACAAACGAGGCCUAUGAAGCCAAAAGCCCGAGCAAAUUUUCGGGAUUCGUGGAUGUGGCAUGCGGGAACGGUGUCUUGGUAUAUGUGCUCCUGAUGGAAGGAUACGAAGGCUGGGGAUUCGACGCCUGCAGACGGACAUCAUGGAGCGCCUUUCCCUCACGCGUUCAGGAGCGAUUGAUGGAGAAGGCCUUCAUCCCGAGACCGUUCAUGAAUGUUCUUCAAAAACAGCAGUUUGAUGUGGAUGUUCAUUUGGGAGACUUUCCGCAGGAUACAUUUAUCAUCUCGAAUCACGCGGAUGAACUCACAGUCUGGACCCCACUGAUGGCCGCGCUCGCGUGUCCAGGAUCUCCAAUGCCAUUUCUUGCUAUUCCUUGUUGCUCUCAUUCGCUUUCUGGUGCGAAAUACCGCUAUCCGCAGCCAUCCAAUUUCAAUAGUAAGGAUGAGAAGGAAUCCUUCCAAGAAAGUCAACAGCCUGCAUCGGGAGACUUGAGAGCACUUAGGGCAUUGAAACAGAAGGAAAAGACAGAGGAAGGCAUACUCGAUUCGAUGUAUGGCUCGUUAACUGCAAAGAUCAUGGUUGUUGCGCAGGAGAUUGGUUAUGAGGUACAGAAAUCUCUUCUCCCGAUCCCGGGGCCAAGGAACAUGGGUGUUAUUGGGCGCUAUCGAGCCGCGAUUGAACGGGGCCAGGGUCUGGGGCAAAGCAAUGAUUCUGCAUUGCGGCGCAAACUUGGGGACAUCGUCCAGCGGGAAUGUAUCAGAGACGGGGGCUUGGAAAUGGCUGCUCGAAUGUGGGUCGAGCGCGCUCAAGGCCUGCAUAGACAAGUUGGGGGAAGAUCGCAUUGA